AUGCCUUGCAAACGCAGAGGAGGCACCAAACUACUGCCAGGGGCGCUAGGCACUGAAGGUGCGGAUGCCGAAGAUGUGGGCGAAACCCUUGGAGCAAGAGCCGAUGCCAUUAACAAGUUGGGUGACGCUGUAGUAAGCUAUGUUAGUGGUCAAUUGGGUGACGCCCAUGGAGUAGGAGGUGACGCCAGUGGGCCAUUUGGCUAUGCUAGAGGCUAUAAUGCUUGUAGGGGCAUUGGUCCAAGCACUUUCACUACUAGUGUUGAGGUGCUGGGCGACGCCAUGGUGGUUUGGGCGAUGCAGGCGACACCUUCAUGCAGCUACCAAUGGGUGAUGCCAUUGCGCGGGGCAGUGCGCGACGCCUUCGGUGGGGGAACAGUUGAGCGGCUCAAGGCGUUGGGUGCAGGCGCUUGGCCAAUGCCAAGAACAAGGUCUGGGCGACGCCAGGAGGGACUGGAACUCGCACAGGGUUUGCUACUGGCACUGUUGCUGCUAGGUUGA